AGCCGGUAUAAUACCUCUAUCUUCCAAGUUGUCGCGCUCUCAAUCUUCCUGCAAAUUCGUUCAUCAUGAAAUUUUUCACACAGUCUGCUUAUUUCAUUACACUUGGUGCGCUCGCAGUCGUCCUGCUCUGGGGCGUUAGUCUCUGGAAUGGUACCGUCCUCGAAUUAAUUCGCGUGACAUGGUAUGGGAAAUUACACGAUGGCACGCCGUUCAAGACGAGCUACACUGGAAUCGUACUUUUCGACUUCCCAUUGUCGCUUCUCGUUGCAUUCUUCUUGUACGGCACAAACGGAUCAGACCCUGGAUACCAACUUUUUUUGAUCGAUGCGUAUUCCACUCUGCAGUCUGCAUUUGUAUGGCUAUAUGUUGAAGCAAGUCGCGGAGGAAAAAAACCAACCGCAGUAGAGUAUCCAAUAUUCUGGGGAGCCGCCUGGCAAGCAUUCGGAGCGGCAAUCUCUCUCCCGUUUUACUACUUCAAUCACCUAAAAUGGGUGCAUGCGCAACCUCGGGGACUGAGCACGGUCGAUCUGCCAUCCGCACGAGCAAUUCCAAUCAGCUUUCUACUUGGCGCUUUUCUUCCUAUGGCCAUCGGCAUGCUGCCUACCUGGGUCGAUCGCUCUCAUUGUCUGCAUCAGAAUAUCCUGGCAGCGUGGCAGCUAGAUCCGGUAUGGGUCUCCACAAUUCAGGUUGCAGGCGUAUCCCUUUUCAAAAUUACAGCUGCAAGCUCUCGGAAUGUCGAAGAUGAUACGUUGCGCCAUGUCCGGAUAUCGUAUGUGCUGGCCGGGCUGUCAUCUACGGCUGGCCAUCUGUACGCUAUCGGGAGAAUGUUCUCAGAUACAAAUCCCUUGCUGAGUUUCUCAAGGGUGUAUGUUCCUCGGCUGUUCGCUGGUCCCGAGGGGUCCACCGAAAAGCUUAUGAAUGGUCCAUGGCUGUUCUUGCAAUACGAUCUCAUCAUCAUCGCCUUGUCGAGUUUGUCCUGGGCUUACGUCCUCAUAUUUAGCUUGAUGGAAGAGGGCUUUGGACGCAAGGCGCUUCCAUUGGUAUUCUUGCUCGGCGGACUACUUUUGGGACCUGGAGGGACAGUUUCUGCGGCCCUCUUUUGGAGGGAGGGAGAGCUGCAUCGAAGGAGAGCCCUGGAGAAGCCGGGCAAGAUCGGCGGGCGCAAAGCUACAUAG